AUGGGUCUGUUUGCUAGCAGACAAAACGCCACCGUCGAGGAGACAGACGUGAGCCUCAACCACCUCUACAAGUAUCCUCCUCGUUCGGGCAACUACUUCGGAACGCACUUUAUAAUGGGUGGCGAAAGAUUCGAUACACCCCAACCGGAAGCGUAUCUUUUCGGGGAGAACGCGGAUCUAAACUUCCUUGGUUCUAAGCCUACUCCGUUCCCUUAUCCACCACCCCAAGCGACGGAACCAACGAAAACACUCAAGAGCCUUGUGAACAUUCGUAAAGAGUCGGUGCGUUUCGUGAAGGUGUUGGAUGCCGGACUCGGCACGAAACCGGCCGCUGCCGACCCACCCGGAAAGGGCAAUCCGACGAACAAUGGCAGUACCAGCAACGGAUACAAUAUCGAGUUCGUGUUCGAUGCCGACCACGCGUGCCACAUCACGUUGCACUACUUCUGCAUCGAGGACAUCGGUCCGAACGGGUUGAGCUACGUUUCGCGUGAUUCUUCCAUGACGUCGGAAACGUUUCACUUCCAGCGGGGCGUAAAUCAGCUCUUCUCCGCACCCCACCACGUCAUCUAUCCGGCGAUGUAUGCCGAAGAGGAUCUGUCUUACAGCCCAGAAAAGGACAUGUUUCCGGUCGUGAUUCAUUGUGUCGUUGGCGAUGCAACUGCGAACAGCAACCUUAGCAAUAACACGUCCAGCGUCGUGGCCAGCAGUACGCCCAGUACGGAAACCGGCGGUGAUGGAAGUCCGAGUCGUCAAUCGCACGCUACUAUCUGCGUCAUUGAUCACCACUCGGAUGGCACGUACGCGUUGCGAGCGUUGAAGCAAAAGAUUUUCGUCGAUGGGCUGUACUAUCUGCUGCAGGAGAUUUACGGUAUCGAGAACAAGCUCGCGAGCAAAUCGGUCACGGACGAGGAGACGGAAGAUAACGGAAGCGAAUGCGUCAUCUGCAUGUGUGACACCCGGGACACGCUUAUACUGCCCUGCCGGCACCUGUGCUUGUGCAAUUCGUGUGCCGAUUCGUUGCGCUAUCAGGCGAACAAUUGUCCGAUUUGUAGGGCUCCAUUCCGGGCGCUGUUGCAGAUACGCGCGGUGCAGAAGGACGGUGGCGGGGGACUUCCGUGCAGUGGCACACCAGCGGCGCAAAAUUCGGGCGAUAGCACUGAUAACAUUCCCGUCGGUUACAAGACCAUAUCACUCAUCGAGGCGCUUAAUGGGCCCACCGUUUCACUGAAGGCGAUAAACGGUAGUGGCGAUUCCACCGCUGGAACUGAAAAUGGUAGCGAGAAUAAUCGGAGCACUGAAAAUGGGUAUGGAGGAUACCGCAAUAAAAUGACCAAGUCAUCCACCGAUCACGGUAGCAACGGAGAGCUCGCCAACGGCAGCAUCGUUUCGGAAAAGUCCCCAUCCGACAUCCGGAUGCAUCUGCUCGCAUCAGACGAGACAAACGGCACAGGUGAACCGGGUGCUGGCAUCACGAACCCGGCCUCCGUCUGCACCAAGAAGGAGCUACUUUCCAAGCAUUCACCCCUGAUGCAGCGGGCGCCAGUGAGCAAGGACAAGAAUCCACGUGAAAAGGGAAGCCUGCAUCGAAUCGCGAGCAAUGGCAGCGGAAACAACGUCAGCGGCUCCAUCCCAUUGGUAUCGCUGAAACUGAAAUCCUCACCAUCGGAUCGAUCGAUUGGGUUUCACGUUGUGCACGAAAAGACGCCAUCCGCCGGUGUCGUCGGACCGGUUGGAAAACUGGCCGAUCCGAAGCUAACCGAGCUGACCGAGAACGAUGACGAUAGCGACGCAGAAAAGCUGUCCCCUUUGCUGCGUAAAUCCGAUAGCUACGAGACGGGUAAAAAAUCGUCCUCUCACGGGGACAGCGCGAUUAAGAAGCUGCUGAUCGGUGGUGGCGGUACAGGUGUCACGGGCGUGGAGCUGAACGAAAAAACGUCACCUUCCGCUGUGAUAUCGGAGCUGCUGAAAGGCGCCAUCAUCGGUAGUGACGAUAUGCCCGGAGAUGGCAGGGAUGUUGCGGUGGGAUUGGUUGGAGGAACGCGGGCAACCGCGAUGGUUGGUGGGGGAACCGGUGCUGGUGCUGGUGCUAUUAUCUCGAUCGUGACGGAUGACUCCGAGGAUUACUACACACCGGAGGAUCCACCGGCAACGAGUCCUCUCAAAUCGAUGGACGAUGAUGACGAUGAACUGCCGAAGUUGGCUGGAUCGGACGCUGGCCGGAAGCUAUUGUCGACGACGGGAACGAUGCCACCCGCACCAAUCUCGCCGGCCUCCACGACUGCACCACCUGCCGCCCUUGCGGUGCUGAAAGAGGAAUUUUCCCAGGGUUCACUACCGGACAGUCCGAUCAGCGGAAAUUCACAAACGUCGACGCGUAGCUCGAGCGAUAGCUACUCCUCGAGUUCCAGCACUCGCCAGCUGCUGUCGUCUGGGGCCGUACCGAGUGAUACUCCAACGCAUGUGCUCAGUUCGGGCGAUUCCACCGCCAACGGACACAGCGCUGUAUCGAAGGUGGUCGAGUGUGGUGGCGAAAGCGACUAGAUCCGCGUCAGCUCCUGGUAGAAUAACGGGUGCUGAUGGUUCUGAAGAAGACACAACGGUACGUUUCUUUUUAAUGUAUGCACGCCCCCGUUGCGCUCGUGUCCUUUAAGCGAAUGCAUUAAUCAUUUAUGGAAGCGUUAGAAG